GGUACCUUGGAUCAUCAUUUGGUUUCGGGCAAUCGCGGCUCGCCGUCCUGCGUGAUGUUUCUGGCUUGGAACCGCAGUUUUUCUUGUGCUCCCAGUUUUACCAGCGGAAAAUUUAGAAGGCAUCCGCAAAAAUGGAUUUGGGAAUGCAGUUUCAGAAGCGUUACCCUGGGAUGAACAUAGGUCCAGUUGAGGCCAUGCCAGCAAUGCCUUCAGACAUGUUUCAGGAGCGACAGGUCUUUGACAGACUUCAGAUGCCGAUGCAAUCCGCUCCCACCAACUUUGCCAAUCGAGCACCUGGUGGUACGGAGGUGUUUCAGCAACACCAGCAACACCAGCAACCAAGGAUGGACCAGGUCAUGCCAAAUGGGCAGAGGAACUUUGGCCAGGCUCCCGCUGGCUUUCGUCCAUUGGGAUCACAGGAUGGCUUCAGCAAGAUGCUGCCCAUCAGCCAAGAGGCUCCAGGCUAUGUGCUGAACGGCCAGUUCCAAAACCUGCCGCAGGCGGCUCCUGCACCUUCCAAGGCUGUCUACUUGCAGCCCACAAACAUUCCAACACCUUUCAACUGUUUCUUGAUUGGUGGUGAUAGCCCGAAGGAUGUGAAAGUUGCCAGCCCCACCUCUCCGGGCGGUUUCAUCCAGGCCUUUCCGUUGAUGCCUUUGCAGCAGGAGAGGCAGGCGCAGCCACAGGUGGUUCCAGUCUUGCAGCCUUCACAGUUGCCACAGCAGCCCAUGAGCUGCAGUGACCAGGAUGUGGUUGCGAGUGAAGGUAGCAUUGGACAUCCGGAACUUUGCAGGCGCCCGUGCUUCUACUUCGCAAAAGGUUGCUGCGAGAAUGGUGCCAACUGCGGCUAUUGUCACCUUCCACAUGGGGAGCGGGCACCAAAGCUGGACAAGCGCCAGCGGCUGGUACUGCAGUCUCUUCCAGAGAACAUCCUUCUGGAGAUGUUGCAGCGAGCAGUGCGCGGUAGAGCCGAGCAGCACUACAUGGCUGGGGCGGCAAUUGGAGAGAUCAUGCAGCUUUGGGAGAGGCGCUUGGCCACCUUGCAGCCCGUGAAGUUGGAGGACUCGGAACAUGUGGCAGAGCGGUACGUGCGAAACCUGAACAAGAUUCUGCGCAGGAUGAAUAUCUCUGAGCUUGUGGCCUUGGCCAUUCGUGGAGCCAAGGAGGAUAGCCUCUACGUCACAGAGCUUCGAGAGGCCUUGGGGCGCUUGCGACAGAAGGCAUGAGGAUUUUGCCGUUGCCCGGGCGAGUAGAGUGGACGACAUCCGUUGAAGCAUGUGCCGAGUCCGUUG